CAAGUAACACCGUCGCCGCCGGCACACAAGCUGCUGCAGCUCUUUCGCUAUCCGUACUUACACAUACCUACCUACCGCGCUCAACGCGAUCAUCUAAUUUUGCUCGGCCACUUCCAACUGCGGGUUUACUUUAGUAUUCGCUCGUCAGUAGGUACCUAUACAGUUUGCGAGACGCUCGCUUCGAAGUUCGAGUAUCUUCGUCGUUCUCUGGAGGAAUCAAGCAUUACCUACCGCUACCCAGACUUUUCAGGGUAAAACACAAAGAAAGAAAUGGCAGACGUAACAGAGCAGACGAAGCACGAGGACGCGGCGACCGCGAUCUCUCAGGGCAAGCGUCAUCUCCUGGUGCGCGACUAUUGUAUGGCAGUAACUGCUCUAGCCGACGGCUGUGCUAUGCUGGCAGCCCAGCACGGCGAGAUGGCCGACGAACUCGGCGAGCCCUACCUGCUCUAUGGCCGGGCACUCCUGUCUCUCGCUCGCGAAGAGGCCGGCGUCCUCGGCACCGGGGUCCCCGGUACUGAAGAAGGCGAAGAGGAGGCUGGCGAGGGUGAGGAAGCCGAGGGCGAAGGCGGUGAAGGCGAGGAAGAGGACGGAGAGGGAGAGGGCGAAGAAAAACAGAAAGAAGAGAACGGCUCUGCUGACGAGGGAUCGAAAGCCGAAGACAAAGCGGACACGGAAAAGUCCGAGAGUAAGCCUGAGGAUAAGAUGGAAACGGAGGAAGCUCCAGCUGCUGCGGCUUCCAACGGCGAAGAUUCGGCUGCAAGCUCGAGCAAGCCAACGGAAAACGGUGAGGCGGCAACCUCGACGGCCGAGCAGAAUGGAGAUGCACACGAGAAUGGGGUUGACGAAGAUGCCGAAGAUGUGGAGAACGAGGAUGACGAUGAUGGUAACAGCAAUCUGCAGCUUGCAUGGGAAGUCCUGGAACUGGCAAAAAUUAUCAUCUUGAAACGUGGAGAAUCGGCGUGGAAGCUUCUCGCGGAGGCUCAUCGUCUGCUGGGAGAGGUAGCCAUGGAAAGCGGAAAUCAACCUGGCGCUCUGGUCGACUUGAACGCGUGCCUGGACCUUUUGCGCAAAAUCGAGCCGGCUGACCCAAGGACUAUGGCCGAGACGCAUUACCAACUAGGUCUGGCAUACUCGCUGGGCAACGAAUUUGAUUCGAGCAUUGAGCAAUUCAAUGAGGCGGUGAGUCUGUUGGAGACGCGCAUCAAAGAUCUCGAAAGCGGCGGCGAGUCGAUCAACAGCGAGGAUCCGUUCUACACUGUCGCCGGUGAAAUCAAGGAGCUGAAAGAGUUACUGCCGGAAAUUCGCGACAAGAUCGGAGAUAUGCGUGACUUCAAACAAGAGGCCUGCAAACUCGUCAUCGAGGGCAUUAAGAGCAAGGUCGCUGGUGGUAGCUGCUCCAACGGCGCUGGACCUAGCGGUGAGGGUAGCAGUAGCAGUGCUGGUUCCUCGUCUUCGGCUUCGAUGGCUGCGCCAAAGGAGGUCAAGCCCGCAAGCGAUAUUUCCCACCUUGUGCGCAAGAAGAGGAAACCUGAAGAUGAGGAUACUGAGACCCUGUCGCCCUGCAAGAAGCCCACGCCCGAAAAGUGCUCGUAGAGAGGAACAGCUUCUGCGCAAAGCUUUCUAAAUUUUUCGAGUCGAAUCGACGAUUGAGAAGCGUUUGCAGAGUCGUUUGUAAAGUUUAGGUAUAAGUCUUCAUUAGAUUUUAUGUCCGAAAUAGGUCGGUAUUUUUCUUUUUUCCAUUUUUUAGAUUUGUUUUUUUGGUCAGAAUCGAUGUUUUACAAAAGUGACCGCUGUGACAUUCGACAUUUAUUUUUCUCAAAAUAUCGAUAGAGAUAAAGCUGCUCAUUUAAUUUAUUUUGUAAUGGAUGUUUGCAAAGUUAUUUUUUUAACGACAAAUUAUUGUGUAAGAUAAUUUUUAAAAAAUUACAGCUUAACUAAGAUUAUGAAAAUACAUGAAUAUCAUUAGCUGCUUUUUACUUAUUUAAUUGCUUCAUAAGAUGAUUAAUCAUUUUGUAAACAACCGUCGUUUUAUGUGUAUUCAUGUUGAAAGUAUACUAUUGUUAUUUAUUAUAUUCUUACUACAUUCGUAUCAGACAUUUCACGGUGAAACCGCGUAAUUGUCGCUAAACGUGUAACUCAUUAUGGAUUCAUAAACACUCAUUCCGUUAUUAUAAGACACUCAAAGUUUUCAACCAAAUUUUUGACUAAAUUGUUGUCAAUUCUUAUAAGAAAAUAGUGCUCGAACAGCUACGUAAUAUUUAAGUAAGUUAUAUAAGAGGUAUACUGAAAAAAAAUAAAGAAACGUUCAAAGGUU